CGAAACACAAACAACAAGAGCAGCAGAUGCGCAGCAGCGACCGGAGGAGAGGGGGACACGAAUAACUCACCCACAGUACUAUUCUGUCGAACGAAUACGUUUACAGUGUUUAAAGAGACCAAUGCAUAGGAUACAUCGGCCGUGACGACCAGUCUGGUAGCUUUAUAACCAGAGCAGUGGUGCAAAGGGAAGAGGGCAGGAAAUAAAGGAGUCACCUGGAGGGUUUCCAUCAGUCCACAUAUCAGCUGGAGUGACAGAAAAAGGCACAGAGUGGGAGACAGAAAGGAGGAGGCGAAGAGUGCGAGUCGCGUCUGCUUUUGGCAGCUGUUCCAGCAGCCGGUUGCAUUUCGGCUGUUAUUUUGUUCCUGCAUUACUUUUUUUUUUUUUUUUUUUUUUUUUUUUUUUGAUGAAUCAGUUCAUAUUUUUAACUUUAAUGUGAGAUAACUGCUGUACAACAACAAAGAAAGAAAACAUUACUACAAAAGUGUUUUAUUUUGUUCCAUUGUUGAUUUCCAAGGUUCUUUUUGUUUCUUUUUUAUGUUGAACAACCUUUUUUGGCUGUGAGUAGCAGGAGCUUCCAUUCUUCAAAGAACUGUCGAACCCCCUUCCUUAAAUAGUUAGGAUCUGAUAACCUGGUAUUCCUCAAGCACCUGAAACUGGCAGCUAUUCUCUUUUUGUCUGUGUGUUUGGGGAGCUCUGUGACCACAGCUUAAGCACCACUCAGCCUUCUAGUCACCUAAGCCUAACUAAAGCCAGCCAGCUCUAGCCUGGUCCAGCCCAGUCCAGCCUGCUCCGAAUAUCUGGACAGGAUACUCAGUUCUGUGAGGACGUGAGGAAUAUGACUGCUGAGACUCUUAACUUCGGCCCAGAAUGGCUUCGUGCACUGUCCAGUGGGGGGAGUGUGACAUCUCCCCCUCCUUCCCCCGCCAUGCCAAAGUACAAGCUGGCCGAGUACCGCUACGGCCGAGAGGAGAUGUUAGCACUUUAUAUCAAAGACAACAAGGUCCCAGAGGACAUGCAGGAUAAGGAGUUUGCUGCUAUUCUGCAGGAUGAACCCAUGCAGCCGCUGGCACUGGUGCCUCUCACCGAGGAGGAGCAGAGGAAUUUCUCCAUGUCUGUGAACAGUGUGGCCGUGCUGAGGCUCAUGGGAAAAGGAGUGGUUGGGGCCGCCCCAGCUGGAGUGGCCCGUGGACGAGGAGCAACACGAGGUGGUCGAGGCCGAGGCCGAGGUGAAGGUGGAUUCUACCAAAGAAGUAUUGAAGAAGCAGAGGUGGGGUUCAGUCGUGGCGUCCGGGAGAUACACCGAAGCCAGAGCUGGGACGAUCGGUCAUUUGACAGUUGUUUUGAGGCUCCCAUGUUGCCACUCUUCAAAGAAGAUGCAAAGAGGGGCGAACGCCGAUUUGAGAAGCCGCUGCGGCGGGAAGUGGGGCGUCCCGGCUUUGAAGAACCUGCUGGUCCUGUGGCUCCUGGGAGGAAAGAGUACACAAGGGCUGACAGCGAUAACUGGCGCACUCUCCGAGAGGAGCAGGACGAAGAAGAAGCGGAGGCCGGCAACAACUGGAGACACAGUGUAGUCCGCAGGGAUGAUGGUGGUCCUCGCUCAGCGGGCUGGCGGGACCACACGGGUCCAGGCGAAAGCCGCCGGAGGAAGUUUGACUUUGACUUCCGGGACUCGGAGGGCCACGGCUCAGGCCGCCGACGUGCAGGAAGUGACGGAGUGGAAGACGGGGACGGCCUGCCUGAGUGGUGUACGGAUGAGGAGGAUGGAGAGAUGGGCACGUUUGACUCCUCCGGAGCUUUCAUGCCUUUAAAGAAGGGUGGUAAGGAGACAAUCCUGGAGGAGUUGGAGUUCAAGGGCAUCGAGGAGGAGGAGGAGGAAGAGGAGGAGAGUUUCCCUGACAUGGAGAAGAACGCUGCUGAGGGAGAUCAAGAUAUGGAGAGUAAAGAGGCCAUGUCUGCUGCAGGGGACGACCAGACAAACCCAGCAUCCCCUUCCUCUUCCCCUCCUGCCCACUGUGCCCCUCCAUCCCUGGAGUCCCAUCUUGGCAGCGCUGUUCAAGUGUUGGACAGCAGUCAGCUGAGCAACAGCCAGCCUGUCAAGGCCAACAGCACACCUUGCGAGGACUUGGCUCCCAGUGGAGGCUCCAAGGCCCAGCUGGGCACCACCUCCGCCGCCGCCGUCUCCAGCCUGCCUUCCCUGCCCCCUUCCAGUGCUGCUCCUCUCCUCCCUCUCUCGGGAGGAGACACCGAGGACGAUGAAGGCAUGAAACACCUGCAGCAGGAGGCAGAGAAGAUGGUGGCAUCCCUGCAGGACACUUCUUUGGAGGAAGAGCAUUUCACCCAGGCUCUGCAGCAGCAGGAGAGCAGGAACACCGCAGCUGCUCUGCCGUUAUCUCAUGAGGCCGCUAUGAAGUGGUUCUAUAAAGACCCACAGGGAGAGAUCCAGGGUCCAUUCACCACAGUUGAGAUGUGUGAGUGGUUCCAGGCUGGCUACUUCACCAUGACCCUGCUGGUGAAGCGGGGCUGCGACGAGGGCUUUCAACCCCUGGGGGACGUCAUUAAGAUGUGGGGCCGCGUGCCCUUCGCUCCUGGGCCCUCCCCACCGCCCCUGCUGGUGAGACAGCUCCCACCAACGCAGCGCCCGCAGCCCAACCGGGGGCCCGCCGGGACUGGAAACCUGGACCAGGAGCGCCUGAAAAAGCAGCAGGAGCUGGCGACAGCGGCUCUUUAUCAGCAGCUCCAGCAGCAGCAGCAGCAGCAGAUAUUCCAACUCAUCAACAGGUGCAGUGAGCAGGGUAUGAUGCCUUCGAUGAACAGGUCGAUGUCAGUGCCAGAUACAGGGUCCAUGUGGGACAUGCAUACCUCAGCUUCACAGUCGUCAGGCGGUGAAGCCAAUCUUUGGGACAUAAUGAAUUCUUCUCAGGGUCCAACUCUCGAACAGCUUCAGAAGGUACAUUCAGUUCUCCAGCAGGAGAGGCGAGACGCUGAACUCAGGGCGAAGCGGGAGGAGGAGGAGCAGCGUAAGCGGAGGGAAGAGAAAAGGAGGCAGCAGGAGGAGCAGAAGAGGAGGGACGAGGAGGAGCUUUUCAGACGCAAGCAGUGUCGCCAGCAGCAGGAACUGAUCAUGAAGUUGCUGCAGCAGACCCCCCAGCAGCAGGGGCCUGGGACAGGCUCCUCCAGUUGGAGUGGGGGUUCCUCCUCUGGGCUGGCAAAGGCCGGAAAGCCCCCAGCUCUGGCGCUGCUGGAAAUGCAGCAGGAUGCAGAGCGGCUCCUGAAGCAGCAGCAGCAGCAGAGAGCCCAGCAGCAGAGAGACCGGCACUCUGGUUUUUCCUCGGGCAGCUCCUCCAUGGGAGGGCAGUGGCCGGACGGCGUCGGGAUGUGGGGGGGUCCCGGUGGUAUGGAGGGGAAGAGUGGAAGCGGAGGCUCUUCAGGCAGCAUGGGCAUGUGGGACGAGGCUGUGAAGAACCAGAGCAGCCUGCGGGGGAACAGCAACAACAACAUGGGCUUGAAGAACAGCCGCAGCAGCCCCUCACUCACGGAUCAGUACAUGAUGCGUCGGAAGAGGACUGAGGAAGAGGAGAAGCUGCUGAAGCUGCUGCAGGGCAUGAAGCCUCAGGACGGCUUCACCACCUGGUGUGAACAGAUGCUGCACGCUCUCAACACCUCUGCCAACAACUCCUCCUCCUCCCUGGAUGUGGCCACGAUAGUGGCAUACCUGAAGGAGGUGGAGUCUCCCUAUGCAGUGCUGGAUUUCAUCCGGUCCUACCUUGGGGACACAGUGGAAGCCAAAGAGUUCGCCAAACAGUUUCUGGAGCGACGUGCCAAACAGAAAGCCAACCAACAGAGACAGCAGCAACAGUUAUCAAAGGAAGUGGGUGGACUGAACAUGAACUUCCCACUGCAGGACUCAAUGCGAGGUAUGAAUCCGAGCACUCUGCAGUCCAUGUUUCAGGCCAACCACAUGAGCAAAGCUGGUCUCUAUGACAACCAGGGGGGAAAGAUGAAGAAGAAACAGCCCAUGAUGCUGCACUCUGACCCCAGCAUCUUAGGGUACUCAUUCCACAACGCGGGCGAGUGUCUGAGCCUGAAUGAGAUGGAGAUGGUGGAGGAUUACUGAUGUGAAGCAGCGCAGCAGCAAUAGCUACCUGAGGCCUUUCUGUCUUUUAAUCAGACAAACCUGAUGACGAAUGUGCACUGCUGGGGGAACCAGGGGGUGUGUGUGUGUGCGUGUGUGUGUGUUAGGGUUGGGAAGGGAGCGGGGGCAUAGGUGCAAGGGUGCGCGCCUCCCUCCCUCUCUUUCACGCGGGAUGGAAACAAAACAAGGGCUCCCUGCUGCACCAGUUGAUCACUAGAGCAAGGGAGAGGGGGGUGAGCCGGGGUAAGGCUGAGUUGGGGAUCCUCUGGCACUCAAAAGAUUAAGCACCUUAUACUGAACUAAUGCACUUUAUUGAGAUGGGAUUUGAAUAGAUUUUCUUUUUCAUACGUGUGUGUUUGUGUGUCUGUUUGGAAUCAGUGCACAUGUGGUGUGUGUGUGUGUGCGUGCAUGCGUGUCUGUGUGUGUACACACAAGACCUGCGUGCAUCGGAACUGGAAGGGGGCGGCGACGCGGUGGGGAGGCGAACGGUCGGGCUGUUAGGUUUUCAAAGUCAGGGGGACCUUUAGUUGAAACCUUAUCAGAAAGCAAAUCCUUUCUCAAAAGACAAACACUGUUGAUAUUUCUCUUGUUGAGCAUUUUUUUUUUUACAUUUAUAUAAAAAGUUAAAGCUAUUGAAAAAAAAAAGGAUUAUAAAAAAACUUGAAUAUUUGCACUUGCCUAAAAAAGAAACAACAAAAACAACAAAAAAAUAAACAGAUGGGGUUAGCUUCUAGAAGUGAAUAUUUUUGUGAAUGUGUACGGGUGACUGAGUGAGUGGCUGAGGUGCGAUGGUUGUGUAGGUAAAUACAGUCUGCACAAUGUUUUUUUGUUUUUCUUUUGUUGCUUACCAAGAUGUAUGAAACAUAAGAGGCCAUUUCUGUCUUUGUUUCUGUUUAGUUCAGACAAUAAUUUAGUAUUCAUUGUUGUGAGUGUGUGUGUUGUCCCUAUCCAAACAGGGAUUUGUUGUGUUUCGAAAGUGUGACUGAACAAAUGAAUGAGAGAGAGAGGAGGGGCAAUUGCACAAACAUCCUUUCUCUCACCAGUUUUGCAUCCCCAGAUAAAAAAAAAAGAAAUGCAUUCAUUUGUAAAUGUUAGCUUUGAUCUCAUUCUUUGAUGGCCGCCGUGAGUGUGUUUCCUCUUACUUCUCUGCUGUCUGUAGACCUGUAAGGAUUGGCAGGCAUGGCGAAUCACGAAGGGACAUCAGUGUGUAUGUGUGUGUGUGAGAGAGUGUGUGAGUGUAUCUGAAUGAUAUUUUGUAUCUGCGUGAGUGUUUUCAGAGGACAUGUUCAUUUACUGUUCAUAGAAAUGAGUUGAGACUACAGGUACUCAUUUUGAAUACAUGUGCUUUUGUUUUUUGUGUAUGAAUGCACAUUUGUGCCUAAGAACUUUGAUAGGGUGCAUGGCCAUUGAGACAUUAACUCUUUUUUGAGAGCGAGUGCGAUGUGUGUCAGUGCUCAGCACAGUGUAUGUAAAGUAUGUAAGUUUCUAUGGUAAAUAUUUCUGGUUCAGUCGAAAGGGUGAUCCAUCGGAAGGUUAGUCCAGUCUGUUUUCCCGGGGUGUGAUCACGUUGCCUUUUUGUCAGCUCUCGAACUUGUGAACGAAAGGUGUCGAGUUUCUGACUCUGAAACAAAAAAAGAAAAAAAUACAGCAUCUUAAUGUGCGAGCGCACAGAACGGUGCAUGAAAUGUAAGCAUAUUGUGUUACUUAUUCGUUGUUGCAAUUUGAUAAUGACGAGUUUUCUUUUUUUAAAUGAAAAAUAUAUAUGGAAUAUAUACAUUAUAUACAAAGUUUAAAAAGUAUUUGGACUAAGAUGAUGAGCACUUGGGGCUGCUAUUUUUCGUUUGUGUUUUUAAUUUUUUUUUUCCUUAAUUUGUUUUUCAUUUUUGUUUCAUUAUUGCCAUGUGAAGUGUGUAUUAUUUCUUUCUUAAGAAAAAAUAUUGAAUGUAUUCCAAAAAAAUGACAAGAAAUCCGUGCUGAUACUAGGUUUUUUUUUUUUUUUUUUUUUUUUUUUUUUUUCCUCAGAAGAUUUCAAAAAUGGAAACGAAAUGCAUAAAAAAACAAACAAAAAAAGCAAACAAAAAAAGCUUCAGACGUUUUCAUAUAUAUAGCAGAGAAGAAAAAAACUCGUGAUGGAUACAGUUGAACACACUGCCUCUACAAUCCUGGUCGUAGUGACUAAGAAUUAAAAGAAAGGACUCUUUCUAUUCCAUACUGGAGCUUUGGUUGUUUACAAGCCACAUGGAUGACUGUGGGUGCAGUUUUAUUAAUUUUUGUUUUUGUUUUUUAAUUUUUGUUCCCACGAAAGACGGGUGGGGUUUGCAAGUGCGCUUCUGCCAUAUGGACACUGAGUGGUGUUUUUCUUUUCUUUUUUUUGUUUUUUGUUUUUGAGGACGAGUGGCAGGCAUCACAACAGCAUGGACGAGAUCCUCUCACUGGGCCUUUUUUUGUUUCGCUGUGAUUGUCUGGUCCCGUAGACCGGAUGAUCAACUGUAGAGCGGAGGAGAGAAAUCAAGGAUGGGCUUGGUUUUUGUGGAGAACGGAGUGCAGGGGGACACAACCCUAGAGGGAACUGAGAGGGCAAUAGGAGUCGGCCCGGCCCGGGCUGCUCGUCUUCACCUCAACCCUCAUGAGCACUCACCCUGCCCUCACCAACUCACCUAUGCACUUUUGUUCAUUCAAGCUGUGAGGUACAAUUUUUUGGGGGAUGGGAGCACAUUACAACAGGAGGAUUGCUACGACUUUGACAAAGUCACUGAACAGAUAUUCCCAAACUGAAAUAAGAGACUUGAGAAGCCUCGUCUUCUCCCACCUCCUGUAUAUAACCAUAUUUUUGUAUUACCUUUCAGAAUAGAAAGGAAAAAAAACAAAAAAGAAUUGCAAACCGAUGAAGGAAAUUUCUCAUGAAACGAUUAUAUGGAGUGAAUGUUCCUCAUGAAAACCAAUCUUUUUCAAUUUAGUUUUAGACGGACUCGCUGUGAGUUUCCCUUAGUUUGUCAGUAACCUGGAAAUAAUGGGGGAUGGGAGGGAAACCCACACGGACUGAGCUGGUGUGCGUGGCGGAGUGACUGGAUGCGCUAGCCGCCGCUAACUAACACCCACCCAGAGUGAAGGCACAGACGAGGAAGCUUCCAUUCUGUCUCCCAACCUGAUGACGGCCUUGAGAGCUGCAGAACCACCACCAGAGGAGAAGUGCAUGGAGUCUGGCUGUGCUUUAUUUGCUGCCCUCUGCAAGGAGGAUUUAACCUACAGCCAGCCCCUGUAUUAGUUAAACUAAAGCUGUCCCCUCUGAACUUGACCCCUGAGACGCUUGUCUUGACCUCGGACUGGGAAGGCCGUCGGCAUUAUCAGUCGGGCAGUUACCAGAUUAAGUUACAGGUUUAUCAACCGUUGAGCCCAAUGUUUGUCGGAAAUGCUCUGUUUGGGAUUUGAACGGGGAAACGGGACAAAAACGGCACGCGCUGCCCAGAUGUUACGACCCGCCUCAGCCUGAACUCUUGGCCGGUCGUGCAGAAGUCUUCUACCCAUCAGGAUAGAAGACCGUCCUCCUGCCCAGACGCCCAAGACCCACAAAUCGAUGGCGGAUGUGACUAAAUUGCAUCUCAGUCGCCGGAAAUCCCUGCAGCUGUGGAAAACUGGAUGAACUGAAAAGAAUUGUACAAAAAAAAAAGACUGAAACAUAACAACAACAAAAAAAGUGUCGCAGAAAUUGUAGAGUCCAAAGGAGCGACAGACACACUACAUGCACAUUUACAGCAGAAAUUACAGUGGUUCUGUACUGGAACCACGUCUGCACACACAGCAGCAAUACACCAGUAUCUCCUCACACAGACACACAAGCAUCAACGCUCAGGACUAUAAACGCUGAGCUUUGUAAAUAAUGUUCAAGUUUGUGUUUUGGUUUUCUCUCAUAGUGGGUUUUUGCUUUAUUACUCUGUUCAACAUGCCUUAAAUUGUAUAUUUCAGUCUUGAACGGCGAGCUGGAGAUGUUCUCUAAAAGAAGUUUGGGUUGGGAACCACCACGUUAACUGUACUCGGGUUGAGAAGUUUCCCGUGAGACUUUUCUGUUGGCUGACAGAGCUGUCCUGUACAAACCUGCUGCGUGUACAUCCCAUCACCUUCGACGUAACUAGUUAACUACAGCGUAGAGCAGCAACAGUUUGUGUUUUUUUUAAUCUAAUUUUGCUGGUGGUUGGCUUUCGUUGCCCUGUUUUUUUUUUUGUUUUCAUUUAAAGAGUGGAUUUGUUCAGAUUUCCUAUCUGGAUUAUUGAUGAAGGUGCAGGCUCGGGGCUGAGGUCUGCACCGCUUGGAGAUGAGCUGAUUGGACCACAAACACAACAAAAAACACCCAGCUGAUAACUUGUUUUUCUUAUAACCCUGAUUCUUGGCAAGUUAGUCAUCCUCAAUUUGAGAUGUGAGUUAACACAUGGAUUUUCCUUUUCUUUACUUUUUAAUAAACACUCCAGGAGAUUUCUGUUUUGAAGACCUGACGGCAACUCGGACUAGUGUAGUCUCCAGAGUAAAGGCUCGCUGGGGGGGUUCACACUAAACCCGUAACCCGCUCAUAUCUCGGCCCAGAUGCGAGUCUGAAAGGAAGUCUUGGACAGCGUCUUACUAAUGUAUUUAUAAUUAACUGUGAUGGGAAAAAUUCAUGUUUUUAAUCGAUGUAUUUCUUGUUAACUUCAAAAUGGGCAGUUUUUAAUCCAAACAGACUUUUUUUUCUUUUUUCACAUUUAGACAAUAUACCAAAACUGUGGGACUCGUACUUGAUUGUCGGUGUAAAUGGCCAAAUAAGAGGAUUUUGGGUUAAAACCUACAAUAAUGCUGCAAUGUCCCUUAUGGUGAAUUCUUAAAAACAAUACCUGUCUAAACAUUUUUAAAAGCUAUUAUUGUGUGGUAUGCUUAUCUAUGUGGUUAUCUAUUUUACUGCACUUCAAAAGCUUUUAUCAUUUCAUAACUUGCAGUAUUGUGUUGUCGUAUACCCCCAGACGGGUUGUUGCUGUUUUUGAAAACAUUUCAGACAAGGAUUGAUCAUGUGACCAACUUUUUUCUCUUUUUUUCUUUCCCUCCAAUGCACUAGGCAACGUUGGAUCCAAUUUUUAACACUUGACAAUAGUUGUGGUCCAGUCAGCUCAGCUCCUCUGCUUGAAAAGUCUUUUUAAUGUUGCUAAAAUAACGGCAAACAUUUAAUGAAACUGUUGCAGAAAAGAACAACAAAGAUGUGUAAAUAGUUUGGGUCAUGUUUGUUUGAAGAACAAAAUAAAUACUAAAUAAAUAGCA